CAAGGUUGUGGGAACGGGAAGGGUGCCAAUUUGACCUUGGUUCUUACACGCCGUUUUUACCACGAGAUAACACUAAGAGGAUCAUACAACCAAUUCACUUCUACUGAAAGCUAUCAAAAGCUUCAAAGUAUUUCACUUUGUAAUGCAUUCUACUCAUCCCCUCCAUUCAUCAUACUCGAAUUUGUUGUUCAGACAGUGGCAUACCGCAAACUAUAAGGUCAGUGCUGAGAAUCUUGUGUAUCCAAUUUUCCUCAGCCAAGACCCCGAUUGUGAUAAAAUAAUUACUAGUCUAAUAGACCAGCGUCGAAUAGGAUACAACCGAAUUAUCGAGUUCUUAACACCUUUGGUUGACAAGCAACUGAAAUCUGUUUUGUUGUUUGGGACAAUCAGUAGAGACCAAAAAGAUGCUACAGGAUCAGCUUGUGAUAAACCAAAUUCACCAGUCAUUCAGGCAAUCAAGCUGCUGAAGUCGAAAUUUCCGGAUUUAAUAGUGAUUUGUGAUGUUUGUUUGUGUGCAUAUACUGACAGUGGUCAUUGUGGUAUUUUACGUGAUGACGGGUGCCUUGACGUACCUAGGACUCUUGAACGUUUAGCAGAAAUAUCUAAACGAUUUGCCCUAGAAGGAGCUGAUGUUAUUGCCCCUUCUGAUAUGAUGGAUGGUCGUGUGAAAAAAAUCAAGACGGCUAUACAAAGUAUUGGUCUCGAUGGGAAGGUAGCCGUUAUGUCUUAUUCAGCCAAAUUUGCAUCUUGUUUGUACGGUCCUUUCAGAGAUGCUGCUCAAUCCGCACCUUCUUUUGGAGACCGUCGGCAUUACCAGCUUCCUCCUGGUGCCAAGGGUUUGGCUCUACGUGCUGCUAGAAUUCAAUAUUAACGGAGCAUAACUUCGUUUAUCUAAUCAGUCAGUUUGCCCAUCUAAUUGUAUAUUCUUUUUGGAUUUGUUACACAGUACAGUUUCAAUGACAAUAUUUAUGUCCUACGUUGAGACACCUAAGUAUUUGCAUCACAUUUUUAAACUCAAUACGUUGCAUAAUUACUGCGAAAAACCUCUUAACGUUUUUUAUUUCCUUGUUUUGCCUUUAACGUUUGCGCAUUCCAGAUUCGCGAUGCAAACGAAGGAGCUGACUUCAUAAUGGUAAAACCUGGUCUUCCUUAUCUGGAUAUUGUAAAUGAGAUACGACAGUUGCUACCCCAUCAUCCUCUAGCAGUUUAUCAUGUUUCUGGUGAAUAUGCAAUGCUAAAACAUGCCGCAAAUGCUGGAGCUAUCGAUUUAAAGCAAGCCGCCUUGGAAUUGAUGACUGCAUUCCGUCGUGCGGGUGCAUCAAUUAUCAUAACAUAUUUAACACCGUACCUGCUGGAACUUGAUUUGUCUGAAUCAUGUAAAUAAAGGUGGAUAUUUUUGAACUAACAACCUCAACAGUUUAGAUGAAUGAUUGACUUGUUCGCUGAAAUAUAUUGGAGUAAUUGAUAUUUCAUUCAUUUCACAACUUUGUUUUACUGAUUUUCUCAUUCCAUUGUAGUAUCUUUUCUUUGUCUGUUAAAUCAUAUGUAUAUUCUCUAAAAAAGUACUCCAUUCUUAUCUAUUCGCUUUAAUUCUCUACAUCUUUCUGUAUCUGUGUUUAUUAUCCUAGUUUAUUAAUAAAUUGCUAGUUUAGGAA